AUGAAAAUUGCUAGUAAGUUUCUACGCAAUGCAGAUUUCUUUGGGACUCCUUUUUUGCAAUAAAUAAAUUAAAAACAAUCCCUUUAUCAAAGUGCAAUAGGAGGAUUUAUAACUUUGAUUAUAUUUUCAUCUAGUUUGUCAUAUGCAAUCUGGAUAUUAUAUUAAUGGUAAACAAAUUAAUUCAAUCCAAAAAUAUCUCAAUCUUUAUAUGUUUCUGAUUUUAAGCAAAUUGAUUUCAAUUAUGAUAUUGUAAAAAUAUAUUUCUGGAAAUUUGAGGAACGCUUUAUUGAUCCUUUUGAAGAAAAGGUAUUAUUACCUGUAAUAUCUUAUAUGUAAUCUGAUGGAUCAACUACAGUUAGGUUAAUUAAAAUGUCAAAUGAGGCAACAAUAGAUGGAAAUAUAUAUAUUAUUCCAAAGUUACAUUUUGGUGAGCAAUAUUAUAAUGGUAAUGUAUAUAUUUCAACUGAUGCCACAAUUUUAUUUAUCAAAUGUUAAUAAGAAUAUUUAGAGGAUGGAGAAUAGUGUGCCAAUUAAGAAAAAUCUGAUUAAUUUUUUUCAUAGCCAUUUAAUGUAAUCACAACAGAAAUUACUUAUAAAUCAAUAGAUUCUAAUAAUGGAUAAAUAAAAACUAGCACUUAAGAUUACUAUUUUUAAGUAGAACCAACAAAUUGUUAUACUUUAAAUAUUUUUCUUUAAAGCAAUUUAUAUGAAGUAAGGGAUUAUUUUCUAUUUGGAUAACCUAAAUUAAAUGAAUAUAUAAAUGGGGCAUUUAUAUAAACUCAAACAAAUACAUUUAAUUAUUGUAAAUAAGCUUAUAGGAAUGAUGCCGUUGGUGUUGUUUAUUUAAUAAUGUAGGGUCAUUAAAUUAAAACUAUUUAUGAAUAUCCUCAUGCAGGAGAUCUUUUGGCAAAUAUAGGAUCUAUUGUUUCAUUACUUUUUAUGAUUAAAUAUAUCAUUAUUUUGUUGAAUUAACAUUUCUUACAAGAGAAUCUAAUACAUUCAAUAAUUAGAAUGUAUUAUCCUUAAUUCAAAAAUGUCAAAAUUUUUAGAAAUUGGAAAUUUAACAUAAACAAGGUUAGUAUAGGUGAAAAGUAUGUAGAUGUAAAUUAAUUUAAAGUAUUUUAUGAUAAAACAGUUUAAAAAGCUGAAAAUAAAUUAAGUUAUUUAAAUCUUUUAUAUGAAAUAUCUAGAUUAUAUUUUCUAAUAAGAUCUAGUAAUUCUAGGGAUUAAAUUAGAAAAUCUCAUUAAAUAGGAAUUAGAAUGAGUUUUCUUUAAGAUUUAGAAGGCUUUUAAGAUUUUAAUUCAAAAUCAGAUUAUUCGUAAAGAAUUGAUGGAUAAUUAUUAUUAAAUGAUGAAGAUUAAAAUAUUUUAUCAGUUGAAGAAAAAAAUUAAAUAUAAUCUAGUGAGAAGAUUCCAGAAGAAUUAUGCAAUCAAUAUGAUUUCUUUGAGAUAAAUAAAAUAAGUUGA